AUGGAGCAUAAACUUUCAAACAUUGUUUACGACUCUCAGUCACAUAUUUGCGAUCUGCUUACUGCACGGGAAUUAUAUCCCCAUCGUUCACAAUACACAAAGGCUAUCCAUUCGGAUCCAUAUACUGUAAAGAGGCUUAAAUCUUUUGAUAGUUUAAAAGGUCACGAAGCUCCUCUUAUCCAUUCAAUCCCAUCCGGCCAUAAUGCAAACAUCUUUUCUGCUCGUUUCAUGUCUCAUACAGAUGAUCGUCAUAUAGUUUCUUGCUCUGCUGAUGGAAUAGUCUUGUUCACUGAUUUAAGUGAUUAUUUGGCUAAAUCUCCUUCUCACAGUAGAAGGGGUACUCGUCAAUCUACUGAUACUGAUGAUCCUCGUUCUCAUAGCGAACCUGAAUCGGAACAAUUUUCUGAACGAAGACGUCGUACUUUUGCUAUCCGUUCUGCAAAAGAUAUGAGCGUUACCGCUAUUUCAAUUAGACCCGAUAAUCCUAUUUAUUUUGCCGCUGCUUGUGGUGAUGAUACUGUCCGUAUAUAUGAUCAACGUUUUGUUAGAACUCCUUCCGGUUCCGAUACUCCUUAUCAUAGGGAAGGUCAAGUUUAUCAAUUUAUUCCUACAGAAAUGCGUCAAAAACAACAGGAAGAUCAAUAUCAUCGUCAUAGAAUGACUAGUAUGAAAUUUGAUCCAAAUGGUGGUGGUGAUUUAUGUAUCAGUUAUAGUGGUGAAAAAGUAUAUGUGAUUAGGCCUGGUAGCAGUUUCAAUGACAAAAAGGGCAAGUCUCGAAAUGGAGGUUUUAGAAUAUCAAGAAAGCAAAAAAGAAAUAAAGUUGAUUUUGACCUUGUUGAUGAUAAGCCUAAAGAUGUUGUUAAUGAUAAUAAUGGUAUUGAGUUAAAAAACGUUGAAAUGGAUGUUGAUAAUUCUAUACCUGAAUCUAGUGAUAAUGAUAGAAAUGACUCUAUUCGAUCAUCGUCAAUACCUGAAGUUGAUUCAUACCAUGAAGACCAUUCCAGCACGUCGCGACAUGUACAUCUGCAAGAUGAUAUUGUUAGAGUUUAUAGUGGGCAUCUUAAUUCCAGAACUAUGAUUUGGUUCCCUGAGUGUGAUGAAAAUGAUAUUUCUGAUGCUGCUGACGUUAUACAACGAAAUGAGUUAGAAGCGAGUAGUGAAAGUGGUAGUCUUGGCAGUUGGGGUGGUCGAGUUUUGGUUAUACCUGCCAGCCAGGUUAUGGUUAUGCAAUUAUUAGGUAAGAUUUUCUCUUUAUGUAUCAUAAUUUAUAUCGAUUCAGUUAAUUUAUAUUCGGUUCUUAUUAAUUUAAAAGCGAUGCUUAACGACUCCGAAGGGAUGUUUGAUUUGGAAUGA